AUGGCCACAGUUGUAACAGCAAAUGAAUCCCCAGGUGACUUAGAAGAAGGCCAGGCCAGGCUUAAAAGCACUCGUAGAGUCAGCUGUGUGCGAGAUAUCACUUACAAAGUUAUACCAUGCUGCAUUGUGAGCCUUAUCUUGGUCUCUGCUGGUGGCGUCCUCAUCGCAACUCUUGCCUAUAACAAGCCCGUACCUCAGAAGCCAGUAAUCGUAAUAUCUAUUAUGCUUGCAGUAUUAUUUUUCAUCUUCGGUAUAGGGGGGUGUUAUCUUUACCGCAUGAAGCACUACCCUCCUCUGACAGAAGGUCCUAAUGCCCCAGACCGCCCACCGGUAAAAACUUGGAAAGACAAGAUUAAAAGAUGUUGUGAAUUAAUAAUAGAAAAACUCAGUGACGACAAAACCGCCAAUGAUCCACCGGCAAACGUUCCUCCUUUCCCUCCACAGCCAGAGGCAUUGAACGGCCCGGCUGAACUGUCCGGGGCUAAUGAUCAGGAAUCACCGUGGCAGGAGGCUAUAGAGCAACCACCUAACGCACAGCUAUCCAAUACAGCUAGAUGCCAUAAUCCCGUUAAUCGCGACCCGAGAAACCACGACGGAUCAACACAACCAACCCGUCGGAUAUCUCGCCGCCCAGUACCUAAUUCUCAUUACAAUUCUAUGCAAGCAAAUCAUACAAUACCUAGGAGGCCGGGAAGCAACUAUACUGCUUAUAGUCCUAAUUCUCAAGUGGACAGCUUCCCUAUGGAUGGGCCAUCUUACUGUCACGGCUAUCCUUAUACUCCGUCUCCCCGACGUCGGGAACCGAAACCGAAAGGGCCAAGGCCGGAACCGCAACCGAGUGUGCCUGAAUUUCCAUGGCCAGGUCGCCAGGCCGCACGACAUGUCGGCCCUCAGAUAUAUUUCACAUAUAUCUCGGACAGCAUCAAUAGACAAGCAUUUGCAGAUAUAUUUCCUAAACCUGUUCGAGGUAGACUUUACAUGUUUGAGGACCUCCCGAUCUCAGCAGGUAUUAGUCCAGAAGCGGCUAAGCCUGAGCAACGAAGUCGGCAGCAUAGGAAGAAACCAAGUAAACAACAAGGGAAUGCCAGCCCACCAAACAGCCCUGUUACCGAGUCCGAGGAUUCGCCAAUCAACACACCAUCACCAUCGCCCAAGCAAAAGCCAAGCUCGCAAAAGCCAGCAAGGAAAGACUCUGACAUAACUGCAAUCUCCCAUCAAGCCAAGGAAAAGGCAGACGAAAAGGGCAAAACGAAAGACACAAGCCCCAGAUCCUCGCCUAAACCCCCGCAUCGUCGCACUAAACCAGAGCAGCACGAGGCGAUCAAAAAGGGGCUGCGCUCUCGCACGACUAUAGACAGCAGCGGAGAAGGGGACCAAGAACACCGAGGCCCUAGAGCCCUAGCCGACAUUAAGAGAGACAUCGAAGAACUAAGCGAGAGGUGGCAGCAACUACUUCACGAAGCGCGUCUGUCGGGAGAACCAUCAAGGGGACAAGCAUGGCUCAACGGUACAUGGGCCGGGUAUUCCGAUUUUUCGGAUCAGAGGCACUCGAGAACAUCAACGGGGGUCCAUAGCUCAAGGUCUAGCAGCACCCCGUCCAUGGCUGUCUCUGAGAGUAGCCCUACAAGAUCUUGUGACUGGUAGUUACGGUGGUUAAGGGAGACGUGGGGUGGAAUGAUAGACUGUAAAUGUAGCUGGAAC